AUGGAGCAGCAUGUAAGCGAAAUGAUAGAAGUCUACUUUCGACCACCAGCUCUUGGAGACAGUAACUGAAGUUCUUCUUACACACUGUGCUUAGGGGCGAAGCCUCAUCCUCUUAAUAAACCGACUUAUUUUCGACGCCUAACAUGGAGCCGGUUUUAGUUCCAUACUAUUAUAAUGAUCUGUGCGACGCGUCUGAAUUAAGGGUUGGCAAUUACCACUUCCUAAGCAUUCGCAUACUACUGCCAACGUCUAAGGACCACUAGAAACGCAGUAUUUGUGAUCUUCCACAGUAGAAGAUUGUUCCAAAUGUGUCUUCACAGAAUUCUGUGAUAUAUGGGAGAGAGUUCCGAGGAUCGCUAAUACUGAUCCGAUUGUUCUUUCCUAACCCUCACACCCGUCAACUCCCAGAGCAGAUAUUUGUGUUUACACGCCUUCGAAGUGCGAAAAGAUUAGACGGACCUAUUUCUACCAAAAUUUAUCAAAACGCAACACAGAUUUUCAUGACCUCCCAAAAGACCUUUAGGUGGUCUGUCUUUAGCUGCUUUCGAAUAGAGUAAUCGGACCGAAGCGCGAAGCAUUUUGGACUUUGCGACAGAAGAUUCUUAUGCGGUAUGCAUCUAUUUUCUCGUUUUGGUCAGUGGAGACCGCAAUGCGCCGUUUCUUCCCAAAGGCUCUGAAAAUCUUGAAAAGGGUCUCGGUCGCAUUAUUUGUUUCGCAACCCGUGCUUUUGUCGCUUCUAUCCAGCCUGAAACCAGCAUAUUCAAGAAAAGUAAUCAGCGCUUUUUCAGACACUACUAAAACCAGUCUGAAGGAUGUCCAAACUAAAAUAAGCAUGUUCUUAUCACGCUCUCGACAACGUAUUUAUGUUGCCUAUUAUUGUGAGUGUGAGGCUGAAACCGGGGCACCCUCAUAUAUCGGAGCGUUAAUUUGGUGCAGCAAAUGUCUCACUGGCAAACCGUCGUCUUGCUACAGAAAUUAAUUAUUCCCUGGUUGCCGCUGUUAUAUAUCAACUAAUACCCACUAUGUCGUAACCGACUUCUGUUUAAGUUCACAUAUUCAGUCAAUUUUUCAGAACUGCCUGCAAAUUAAUCAGACCUCUGAGUAAGAUUCUGGUGUCGUUAUCACACGCAUCUUAAGCGUGUUGUGCUUCAAAGAAAUGCUUGUUCAAAUGCGCUUAAGCUUAGCGCGCCGGCUUUGACCGCGUGCUUGGCCUUCUUUGCGUCUGCGCCUCUCUGUCCAUCGUGCGUCAUAAAGAUACACCAAGAAGGCCGUUUUAGUGUCUUGGUAUGCACCCCUUCCCGUAAAAAUGCCGAUAUUUUUAGCCAAAUGAAGCAAUUUAUCCUGCUACUGUAGGGUGGCCAACUUUAGAUGGUUGAAAGAAACCCCUCUAAAUUUAACACUAUCUCUUUUCGAGUAGUCCCGCCAUAUAGAGCUUCAUGUGCUAGUCAUGCACCUAACACUCGGAGCUACUACAGAGCACUGACUUCUUAAAUAAGAAUUUGAUGUACGCAUCUUCAUAUUUAUUGAUAUCUAUAAAUAAAUGCAGGGAAUCGGUGGUAGAAAUCAUCGCUAACGCUUUGAAGAAGGCUCACGUCUUUGUAUUCCUACAGCUAUACUUUAAUCUGUCCCGACUCUAUUUUUUACUCCAGCUCGGUUGCAUGUGAGUGACUGUUACUGUUUCUUGCUGUUGUGACAGGACUAUCAAUAAGACUGGGGUUUAAAUUAUCUCUCCAGUAGAUAUUGGAUGAUGGCCCUACCUACACUUGGUGCCAGUAUGUUCUCAAUCAUGGCGGUUUUAAGAAAGCUGGGCUUUCCGGGUUCAGAAACCGCGCAGUUCCCCCUUAACCGAUCAUCCUGUCUUACGGGAAGGAUCCUGUGUCACAUUGAAUAUCCCUGACAGAUAUUUGAGCUAACUCACUUGCCCAACCCGAUCUUAUUUCCUCGUAUAGUGUUUUCCGACGCGUAUGGCAUCUCGAGAAGUCUUAUGUACGAUGCUUGGUGUGGGUCGCAGCUGAACCUUCUCCAGAACAGAAGCGUGUUGCUGAGUGGGUGUCUUAGUCAUUGCACAGAUGCCUAUCAACCAAUCGUAUCAUAGCCGCGGUAGCACAAAUAAACUCUGUUAAAAUUGCAUACCUUGUUUUUCUGACCCGGCAAUCAUCAUCCUCAACAUCUCAGUCAUCCUCCAUACCAAAAUCGAAUCAGGCGUUACGGAUUUUUAAAAAAAUACCGAAAAUAUUUUUAUUUCUAUUCUUUCAUUAAUGGUGCCUUCCUCGCCACGCAUGGUACUGGCUUAUUUCAGAAUAGCUCAUACCAGCCUUUCCUUGUAAACUAUGUCCAUCCUCUUGGCUUUCGUUAGGACAGCGGCCCUUUGCCCUUAUGCAUAUUUGUAACUGGGAAGGUGAGCUCAACUACAUUCAAGGCUGGCUCCGCCGCGUCAGUCGAAAAAAUUACCUUGCGACCGAUCUCCAAGGUUUACUCAUGGACUGCUGCUUAGGACUUUCGAAUUCGAAAUUUAAUUUAAGUUAACACUGUGUACUCAUUCAGUAUCCUAAAAACACAGCCGUAUCCACAUAAGUGUCCUUUCAUACGAGACUCUGUCGUGGUCACUCUUAUUUUAAAAGUCCGUGGUAAAUCUCUCCAAUUACCUGCGUUUCAGACCGGCUGGUAUUUUUUAAUUUAAAAAGAAAUAGAGAAGCCAGAGUCCGUAUGCCCUUUUAUCAGGUUAAGUUUUACAUGAAAAAUCAGUUCUUGACUCAACAGCAGAGCGUUUAACUUGUAAACAUGUGAUGACCAAUGAACCCUUGUUUGAAUCUCGAAUCCCGCAAGUCUGCUUUUGAGUCUUUGGUGCUUUUGCGCGCUUCAACCUUUGUCGUUUAUUUCGAUCUCACGGCUAGAAAUGUCACCAUGCCUAUAUUGGAGCCAUUGUUGAACUCCCCGUUUUACGCUUCUACUUGUGCGCGCUAUUUAAAUAUUACCGUUUAUUCCUUGUCAUACCCUUAAAAUGCAGUGCGUUCUUGAUUCACUCAUUCUUGUGUGAGCGUUACCAGUGUAUUGUUUUUUGCUUGCUCGCUUAGUGUUUGCUCUAUGUUUCAGACACCCGGAAACAAACGUGUACCCGCACGACUAACCCAAACAUGUCUACUGUGUCUGUCAGCAAGGUGGCCUUUGCCAAGAUUAUUCUGCACGUUUCAAAAUAUCCGCAUACCGCUGUGAACGGCGUCCUCCUUGGGGAAGUCGAACCGGAUGGCGAAAUACAUGUCGUUGAUUCUGUUCCCCUCUUCCAUUCCGCGCUAACACUCGCGCCCAUGUUAGAGAUUGCAUUCUAUCAGGUUCGGUGCCAUCUCUAAAUAUGUACUUCCUCUAGAUCGAGUCCUACUGUUCACACAAGGAACUCACUAUCUGCGGCUAUUACCAGGCAAACGAACUUCUGAAUGCGAAUUCGUAUGUGGAAUUGAGCUCCAUUCCAACGUUCUGCCCUUUCUUUGUUCCCUAGGCCAAACCCUCUAGCCUUUAAGAUAGCUGAUAAAAUACGGGAGAAUAGCAAGCAAGCCUGUCUGCUUAUGGUUCGAAAUGACCGGCUAAAACAACCGUCAAGCGCCUCGCUAUCCCUGCACACUUUUCGCGAAGGCAAAUGGAGAGAAUCUAGCGGGUAAGUGGUUGCGACUUCCCUCUAAUGUGCCUCACUCAGUCUCCGUGUAGAGCCCUCAGCUGUGGAGUUCCUGAAGCCCUACUUGAAUAGGCUGGCUGACUUUUCUGAUUUCGAUUGUCACCUUGAUGACGUGGAACAUGACUGGAGGAAUACGCAUCUCUUCCCUGAGCACUCGGAAUGCGUUUAG